AUGAUGCCCUUCACCUUGGGGAAAGAGCUUAAACAAAAGGAGAAUGAAAAAUUUGAAGAAUCAGAGGUGAAAGAGAUAUAUGGCUGUUCAUUCCGAAAAGAUAUAGUAUGGGACUAUAAGCAUGAUACGGUAAAGAGGAUGGGAGAGAGAACAGAACGGGACAUCGAUAACAAAUACGUAAUGAAACACCAAGGACACACAGUCGCCCUAUUACAGUUGAAUCAGUUGAUGGAAAGAACGAGUAAGUUUCGAGAUGAUCCACUUGACAUCUCAGUUGUGGAAUUGAACGAUUACAGGCAAAGGGAAAAACGUGGAUUUUUUAAGAAACGAAACCUUUGCAAAGGUGGAAAAGUUGUUAGGGAAAGAUUGCAGGAUGUUGAGGAUUGCAGUCGCGACUAG